AUGUCUACCUUCAGAUUAUCUGCAGCCCAGGCUUUGGCUUUGCAGAAUUACCUUAUCAGCAGAGAAGAAACCUUGCCUCUUGCCCUUCAAGAACUUGUUGCAGUCCUUCCUUCUGCUGCCAGUGAUCCUCAAGUUCAAGUUACUUCAUCCUCUUCUACUUCUCCAAGAGUCAGCCAGGUUCACUCUAGACAGGCUUUAUGUCCUAGUUGUUGUCAAGCAGGUCAAACAGGUCAAAGGGGCCUUUUAAGGCAGAAUCUCUCUGCAACACAGUCUACUCCUAGCCUCUCAUUCUUCCCAGUUCCAUCCACCCUCGAAUCCACGUUCGCAUUCGGGUCAAGGUUUGGGUCAAAGUUUGGGUUCUCAUUCAGGUUUGGGUUCGGGUUUGCUUCAACAUUCGCAUUCGCGCUCGCGUUCACAUUUGCGUUCACGUUCGCAUUCGCGUUUACGUUCGCAUUCGCAUUCACGUUCACGUUCGCAUUCGCGUUUACGUUCGCAUUCGCAUUCACGUUCACGUUCGCAUUCGCGUUUGUGUUCACGUUUGGGUUCACGUUCGCGUUCGCGUUCGCGUUCACGUUCACGUUUGGGUUCAUGUUCGGGUUCGCAUUCGCAUUCGGUUUCACGUUCUUUGGGUUCACGUUCGCGUUCACGUUCGCGUUCACGUUCGCGUUCGCGUUCACACUCGCAUUCACGUUCGCGUUCACACUCGGAUUCACGUUCAGGUUCGCUUUCGCAUUCGGUUUUGCGUUCACGUUCGGCCUUCACAAUCACAUUCAGAUUCACAAUCUCGCUCGCAUUCGGAUUCACAAUCGCGCUCGCAUUCAGAUUCACCUUCCUGUCCACGUUCAGAGCCUCAUUCAGAGCCACAGCCCAAGAGAAAACGCCGUAGAUCUCAGAAAACCAAGAAAAAGUGUACGUACAAGGAAGAGGCGUCGAAUCGAUCAGUAUUCAUAUGAUGACUCUACCACUGGUCGUUUUGCUGUCGGGGACCAUGCAGCGCAACCUUCUAAAGAUGUUUCGGUGGACCUUACAAAGCAACUGGCAAGACUUUCAUUUGGCACCAGAACCUCUAUUGGUCACGAGGAUUAUCUGAGCUGGGUGUCGAAUCUAAAGGGGAUGAUAGAGGGGACGAUAGACAACGUCAAGGACUUGGCUGUUUCUUCGCUAGUCAGUAUAGCCAGGCGAUGUGAUUUAGCUGCCAACGUCGACGGAACAGCAAGAUUUGUCCGUAUGCUGCAUGAGCUUUACUUCUCUGCCAAAGUUAAUAGUCGUUUGAAUUUGAUGAAAUUCAAAGAUAACAGUCGUCGACCGAAGCCUUCUGAAGUAUACAAGUCUCUUCAAACUCAUAGUAUUCCUGAACAUAAAAGUCGAGAUUAUAUGUCAGCUGGUAGUAGAUGGGCAUUCUUGGCUAAUGCAGGGUCACUUUAUCUAUUGCUGGUGAUUGCCUUCAAAGGAGAAGAUGAAUAUUUCAGGAAGAAAGCCUCAGUAACUGUCAUACAAGCUCUGUGCAAUAAAAUUAGAGCGCCCGAUUCAUCAGGAAUUACGGGAGAAAUUGUUAGGUGUAACCUCAUACCAGUUCUAGCUAACCUUUGCAAAGAUAUUCCCAUUUCAAUACCGACUUUGUAUCAUAGGUCUCUUUUGAGAGAUCUGGGCCUUUCUGGUUCCUUUGAUUGCGGAGAUUUACGGGUAAACGAUAAUUAUUUUGGAUCUUUCUUUUUUCACACCUUUAGAUCUCUUCCUAGAGAUUGGGAAGCCUGGAAGCAAUUUGAUGUAUCUAUGAAAUCCGAACAACAGACAGGAGCUGCUCAGCAUGCAUCUGCAGUUUCUGAACUGUCCUCUGAAGAAGAGACCCUCAGUCCGCCUUCAACUGUUCCACCUAUUUCAAUUCUUUUUAAUCGUAUGGGCUUCCAGUCUCAAGAUUCAGAAGGAAUCCAUCAAGUUCUGUUUACGCCGUACAAACCUGCCAAAACUAAGGAACCUUUUCCUCCUGACUAUCGAGGUAGAAGCAAAUGGACGGAAAAUGAAAGAUCUCUAGCUCAAGAUUGUGUUACUCCUGAUUCUUUGGAGAGUUACGCUAGCGAGAUGAACGGACGUUUUGAUAGCUUGGGACGGCUUUCCGACUCUAGGUACUUGAAGCUCAAUCGAAACAUCAUUGAAGGCAAAGUUGUACAGAUAUUCGAUGACAACAAAGAUUUACUUUAUAUGUUGGACACCACUAUGCCUCAACACCUGAAAGAAGGCUUGGAAAGGAUAAUUCAGGCCUGCUUGUCCGAUACCACUGCACAGUUCACACCUCAAGAUCCUUCUUCAUCUGUUCAAACUGCUGCUUUUUCCUCUCUUCAUUUCACAAAUCAAACACGCUAUUUAACUCAUGGAUAUGAGGCCCCUAAGGAUAUUCAUCCUUUAUAUCUUGUCAACGCCAAUGGAGGAAAGAUGAAUCACAGUCAGCUUCUGGUUCAUCCUUCUGAAGACAUUCAGAAAUUUUCCGGGCCUUUCAAAGAUUUGAAACAGAGUCUGGAGGAAACGUUACGUUGGGUUUCAGAAAAGGUUUUACAGAUUCAUCCCGAUACUUUUCAUGAGAUUUCUGCCACCGUUGAUCUUCUUCCCUUACAAGACACUUCCCCCGCUUCUCCUUUUACGAGCAUUGUGUUCAACAUUAAUAUGUUACUUUUGUUAGAUAACUCUGUUGGAGCUUGCCCUGCGACUCCUAACACUCCCCCCUCUAUGGAGCUAGAUUACAACGAUACCUAUGAUGAUGAGGAUGAUAUAUAUGAGCCCUGGGAAGACGAGGCAGAACCCCACCCACCUACUACUGAUGGUCUCAAAGAUCAAAAUACCGAAAUUUGCUACUUUGACGAAGGGGCCAAUACUAUUUUUCCCGAGGACGCUGUAACCAAUCCUAUGGCACCUCCACCGGAAAAACCAAAACGAGGAAGAAACAAGAAGGCUAGCACUCAAACUAAGGGCCAAAAAAAAAUUAACGAAAUACCGUCAGCCUCUUCUUCCUCUUCCUCUGUUCCAAAUAUGCUGCCUUUGGUUUCUCCAACAUCUGGUUAUCCUCCGCCUGCUCCUUUGUCUAGUCGUCAAGUUCCGCUACCAUCCAAAGUACCUAUUGCAGAAGUUAUUGCUCGAGAACAACACCAUACGAAUCAAAGUCAAGCUCAUACUUCCUUUGUCGCGGGACAAGGAGGUGACUCUUUCGAUGUUGACUCACAGUUGAAUGAAAGAGCGACAAGUAUCAAUCACAGUCAGAUCCUUAGACUUCCCGAAGAUAUACGCGCUGGAAAUAAUGUAGGAGAUUUUGACUAUAACGGCAACAUGGGACAAGGAUCUACAGCUUCUAGCGGUGGAAGCCAUUACUAUGGCUCACAACCAGGCUCCGUAGUAGGUUUUGGUAGUGGUAACGCAAAUCUUGACGGUUAUGGAGGGGACCAUGGCAGAAACUAUGGAGCGUAUUCUGGAGAUUAUAAUAGAGGCUACGAAAACAGCUAUGGUCAGGGAGGGAGAAGCAAUAAGGUUGAUGACGGUGGAUAUAUUGCUGGACAUAAUAUGAGCUUCAGAAGAAGUCUUUCUGGUGUACAAGGCUAUGGAGAAGGUUAUCGGGGAGUAGAUGGGGGAGGAUAUAGAGGGGGAUAUACUGGUGGAUAUGGAGGUGGAUACGGAGGUGAAUAUGGAGGUGGAUAUGGAGGUGGAUACAGAGGUGACUAUGGAGGUGGAUACGGAGGUGGAUACGGAGGUGGAUUCAGAAGUGGAUAUGGAGGUGGAUACGAAUAUCGAGGGGAUAGUUCCACCUUUUCUCAUGCAGAUGGUGUGAAUAUGGAAGCUCUGGUUGGGGUCCACAAAGAAGUCGGCUAUGCUAGUUCUUCGGUGGACAACAUACCAAGUCAAGAACAAUCUCAAAUGAGUUUCCAUUCAGAGGGAACAGCUUACAGUCCCCACUCAGAUACCCAAAAGGUGCCAGAACCUGUUGUGGAGGGAGAAACCGAAGUCCUCAAGAAGAGAAAGCGAAAUCUUCCGAAGCCUCCGAAUCCUGCAAUUCUUAAGAUUCACUCAAAAAGCCAUGUUCUUACUACAGAAGAGGACUUUAUUAACGAAGAACUGGCUGAGUUUGAACAUGACCGUUAUGCAGAUGAUGAGGAUGAUGAGAAUGCAGAUGCUGAGGAUGAGGAUGCCGAUAAUAACGGAGAAGAUGUCGCUCUAACAUCUCGGGAAUAUAAACGCAGGCUAUGCUUCUACAUAUUAGGAUCUAUUUCGCAACCAAUAUCGCGUAUAGUUUCUCGCCCAGUGUCUCGUCCAGUGUCUCGUCCAGUGUCUCGUCCAGUGUCUCGUCCAGUGUCUCGUCCAGUGUCUCGUCCAGUGUCUCGUCCAGUGUCUCGUCCAGUGUCUCGUCCAGUUUCUCGUCCAGUGUCCCGACAAGCUUCUCGUCCAGUUUCUCGUCCAGUUUCUCGCCCAGUAUCUCCUUCUCGUCUAGUAUCUCAUCUGCCAGCUCAUCCUGUUUCACCUAUUUUGGCUAUUCCUUCAUCAUCGAAAGACCAGGAUACUUCAAAUACUUCAAAGGCUUCUAAAGGACGCAGGUCUAACUCUACAAAAGAUCCAACAAAGCUCUCUUUCUAUACGCCACAAGUGAAAAAAGUAAUUGCGGGCUCACAAUUAUUUAUGCAUAGAACUAUGGUUCUUCAAGGACCUUUUUUGACGAUGGAGAAUCAUGAAACACUACUUGCGAAUUGUCUAGACCGAUCAAUAGAGGAAAGAGGAGAAAAGGGCCUUCAUGUGGAAGCAGGUUACAUCAAAGAGCACCGCAAAGAUAUAAUAACUUUUGCAAGUCUUCUCCUGUACAAAAGCCAGAGUAGUUUCAGAAAUACUCUGAAGAGACUUGCGGAACCUAUGGUGGUUAGCCACUAUGGUUUACCGUUGCCAAAAGAACAAGAGCCAACUACUGGUUUCAAUGCCUCUCAACUUAACGAUUUAACUGUAGCUUAUGUGAACAAGCUUUUGGAGAAAAGUUUUUUCUUGCAAGAUGGACGAGAUGCCAACGGACGGGUUAAUAAUUUUGCACAUCCCUGUCUCAAAGAAGUCGUGAAGGUUUUGUUUUAUACAAGUAACAAAGCAUUAGCAAAAACCUUUCCAGAUGAUUUCAAGGCGGAGGUUCCUCAUGGAGCAAUUGUUUUAGCUUCUAUGCUUGUUGAGUUGAAUCUGCCUAAAGUCGCCUCAACUUUGAAUUCACUAUUGAUAUUACAGAUACGAUAUUGUAUCUCCAAGUACGAAGAUGGUCCAAAAGCCAAGAAUAUCGAUUUUACUACAGCCUCAAACCUCGAGUACCACAAGCUAUACAGUGAUAUGAUUAUAAACAUGCUCAGGGAGCCUUAUCAUGCUUCUAAGUUUAACUUUGGAGGCGAAUUUGGAGAGAGGGAAGACUCAAACAGAUCAUAUCGACCUUUCAUAACCUUGGAAGGUAACCAACAACUAAUAAUCGCCCCUUCACAGACUAAUAAACCGGAUUCCCUAUAG